AUGCUCAAAUGGCUGUUAUUACUAUCUUUUAUUCCUGUAGCUGCAUCCAUGGAAUUGCAAAUUUUGCCGCAAAAUUUCAUGCUUCGAACCGAUGAUAAUAGCACAAUCCAACUGACGUUCACGAGUAACGUCACCGGGUUGCAAGACGUUUUCUUGACAUGUGCCGAUGAGAGCAUCUGCACCGUUAGCCCUCGAUUUCUGACCGCCGAUUUCUCCGCGGAAAAUCGGCACACGGUGCAAUUUAACGCUACCGUACACGGGGUGUUUCUCGGUAUCACGAAGUUGACGGUUUCUGUAUAUGAGAGGCAAUGGUCCGACUACACGAUCAAAAUCUUGCGCUCCGACUGGGAUCAUACGAAAUCGAAGAUAUUCAUGGGAGUGAUGGUCCUCUUCGUGCCUACCAUCACAUUCAUGAUGGGAACACAGCUGAAAAUUGCGAAAAUCCUCGGCAUCUGGCGACGUCCGUUUGCCCCGUGUAUCAGUCUGCUGUGUCAAUUUGGCAUCAUGCCGCUGGUUGCCUACACUUUGGCCAAGUACGUAUUAUACCCCGAAGGAGCAGCCAUCCAACUCGCUCUCUUCGCUGCCGGAACUUGCCCUGGUGGAGGGAAAAGCUCAUUUUGGACGAUCAUCUACGGCGGCAAUCUAGAUCUCUCAAUUUCACUCACUUUUGCUCAGAAUAUUUUUGCUAUCGCUGCGAUGCCAGUGUGGAUCGGGACGUUAGGCCGGGAAUUUUCUACAAAUUCCGUGUCGAUACCUUUUGUCGAUAUUCUUGAAGCACUAGCUUUCUUAUUGGUGCCAACAACGGCUGGGAUGAUAUUUAUUCACUACAAGGCGGCUCUAUACGAGAGGAUACAUGGAUGGAUUAAGAAAAUCUCGUGGGUAAUGACGAUCAUCAUGCUGGCAGUCGGGCUGUAUGUAAAUUUCUACAUCGUAUACCUGAUCACAUGGCGUAUUAUUUUGUGUGGUUGCUUGUUACCGUGGUCAGGCUAUAUCAUUGCCUUUAUCGUUGGUACUAUAUUCCGGAUGGAACUGCGGGAUAAGAUUACGAUUUCUAUUGAGACGGGCCUUCAACAUGUUUCGAUCGCGAUGGUCAUCCUGUUUGUGACAUUUCCGGAACCGGAAGUGGAUCUCGCUCUUGUCGUGCUGUUUGUGCAUGUGAUGAUGACUGAUAAGCCGCUCCUAAUCGGCUACGGCUGCAUGCUGCUCUACCGGAAAUUCACCUCAAAACCGGCCGAAGAUCUGGAAAAUGAGAAAAAGGUGCCGAUCAAGGAGACGUUCACGGAGAUUACGCUGGCUGACAAGGCUCAGGAUAAGCCGCUCGCCACCAUCUACGGGUCAAAUGUCACGCUCACGAACGAGCGGAUAAAUACGAUAUUU